AUGUUUCCAGGACUCACAAACUUGGAGAUCCUGGACCUGAGUAGGAAUCUCAUCCUCGACAUUUGGUCGGGAAGUUUCAGAAACACCCGCAACUUGAGAAUGCUCUACCUCAACCACAACAACAUCACCGCCCUCCCUAGGGAUGCGUUUGACGGCCUCGCGCGGUUAGAACUGCUCGGGCUAGCCUACACCCGCCUGUCGAACCUCGGCAGCGUGGAGUUCCUCACUCCCACUCUCCGAUCACUCAACUUCCUCUCGUUUGCAGGCAAUGGGAUCAGUAGCUGCAAGCUUGGAACGAACUUAUCAUCACUAGUCUCCUUGCAUCUCGAUGAGCAAACGUUGGACUGCUACUCUCCCGGUGGGAUUCAGUCCUUCCCGCCCGAUUUCUUUGCAGGACUAAUCUCUCUGAAGAUGCUUUAUCUAGGCCAUAACAAUCUUAGAGCAAUGUUAGAUCAGGAGGAAACCAGCCGCCCAUUUGCCAAUCUCACGUCACUGGAGGAGCUGGAUCUAUCACACAAUAACUUCCACAGUAUGACAUCGCUGCCGUUUGAAAACCUUCAGAACCUGACGUCAUUAGACCUCUCUUCUAACUGGAUUCAGAGCAUUCCAGUCGCGAUGUUCAAAUCUCUGCCCAAGCUGCGAACACUCAAACUAAAUUCUAACCAUCGACUUGGAGCAUUGCCAGAAGACGGGUUCGACUUCUUGCAAAAUCUUGAGAAUCUGAACCUGGAAGACAACCCCUUGCAGUGCACCUGUGAAGAAGAAUGGUUUCACGACUGGGUGGUGAGUAACAAGACCAAAACGCUGUUUUACAACUUGUCAAACUACGGCUGCGUGUCUCCCGAACGUCUUGUGCACAAGACUAUCUUAGACUUCGACGCUGAAGCCCAAGGCUGUCACGACAAGACGGGGAUUCACGUGGCGAUCUCCGGAGCAAUCCUCCUCUGUGUCUUCCUAGUGGGAGUCGUCGUCGGCUAUCGGAACCGCUGGUACAUCAAGUACGGCUGCUUCGUCAUCAAGGCUCGUUUCCAUGGCUACCAGGCGCUGAGGGAGGCGAACGUGCCGAAGAAGUUCGACGCCUUCGUCUCGUACAACCACAACGAUCGCGCCUGGGUUAUGGACGAACUAGUACCGCACCUGGAGGAGGAAGGGGAACCGUUCCGACUCUGCCUGGACUACCGCGACUUCGUCCCCGGCGCGCCGAUUACUGAUAACAUCGUGAACGCCAUCUACGAUAGUCGCAAGACCGUCUGCCUGGUGACGGAGGAGUUCCUGAAGAGCGAGUGGUGUGAGAUGGAGGUGCAGAUGGCGACGUACAGGCUGUUCGACGAGCAGGUAGAUGUGUUGAUCCUGGUGUUCCUGGAGGACAUCCCUGACCGCGCCCUGCACCGCUACCAGCGCCUGCGCCGCCUCAUGUGCAAGAGGACCUACCUGGAGUGGCCCAAGGACCCGCAGGGGAAGGCGCUGUUCUGGGAGCGUCUUAAAGACGCGCUGAAGACUGGAGACAGGCCACCGAUUCAGAACAUCAUCUGAACGUUUCCUUACGUUUCCUUGUAAGAGUCCUAAACUCCAGAAGGUAGCGCUUUUUCCCGAUGGAUGUUGAUUUUGAUUCUGUAAAGCACAAAGUGCGUAUGACCUCACAGUUUCCCCCCCCCCCCCAAACAAAAAUAUAUGACCUGCGCGAAAACGUUCAGUGUUCUAUUAGACUCCCAAAAUACUCUCUAGUUUUAGAUCAAUUGAUCUUAUUAUCGUAUGGCUGAAUACAAUGUCCCUUGCAACGCAUAACACAAAAGUUAGGCUAUAAAAGUAAUUUUAGGGGCGAUAAGAAAUCUCUUCUUGUUAUAUGUUUUUUGUUUCGUCUUUGAAGGCGGAGUUUAUACGUUUAGGAGAUACCUGGAUAGGGUCUGCACGGGUUAUAUUGUUUUUUAAACACGCCACAAGUGGAAUUCUGCAAAAUAUGUUCUGAUCAAGUAUCCAAUGAUCAAUGAUACACGAACAAUUGGAAAGUAACACCCAAUCUAGAGUUAAGAUCCCCUUUGCGAAUGUCUCGCUCCACUUUGCGAAUGUCUAGCUGCACCUUGCGAAUGUCUGGCUCCACUUUGCGAAUGUCUGGCUCCACUUUGCGAAUGUCUAGCUCCACUUUGCGAAUGUCUGGCUCCACUUUGCGAAUGUCUGGCUCCACUUUGCGAAUGUCUGGCUCCACUUUGCGAAUGUUUGGCUCCACUUUGCGAAUGUCUAGCUCCACUUUGCGAAUGUUUGGCUCCACUUUGCGAAUGUCUAGCUCCACUUUGCGAAUGUCUGGCGCCACUUUGAGAAUGUCUUGCGCGAUAUUAGGCGUAAUACAGCAAAAUUGUGUGCAGUCAACACUUUCCGGGGGAAGAAUAAUGAAUAAUUAUCAAUACAUGAUUUCUGCAUAGUUAUAUCAAGGACGUUAUAUAAGAUAUAACAAGAUAUAUCAAGGACGUUACAUGAGAUCUAUAACGUCCUUGGUCAUAUGCAAUGCUUUUUCUGCUUAUACUAGUUUUACUGUAUAUUGAAGUUCUGAUAUAUGAAUAUCAUACAUUAAGUGUGAAUAAAAAAUCUCUAUAGAUUGAGAUUUUGUAGUUUGAUGAUCAUAUUGGAUUAUUUGUAACACAUUUUAUCAUAGUUCAUAUUGCAAAGUUUUGA